AUGGAAGCGAUGGAGGUGUACAAGGAUAUGUUACGGUCACGGAUUUUUCCGAAUUGUCACACUUAUACGGUAUUGAUGGAGUUUCUUGUAGGCACAGGAAAAUGUGAGGAAGCCUUAGACAUUUUCUUUAAAAUGCAAGAACAGAUAGGGAUGCAGCCACCUAAAGCAGCUUGCAAUAUUCUGAUUGGGAAGGCCUGUAAAUUCAGUGAAACAUCUUUCAUAGUUAGAAUUCUGCAGUACAUGAAGGAAAGCGGGAUUGUCCUUCGUUACCCUGUCUUUCUUGAGACUUCAGAGACCCCUGAAAGCCGCAGGCGAAAGGGAUGA